ACUGUCAGUCAGAACGUGCGGGUGUUUGUGAUUUAUCAAGUGAAUUUUCCAAAAGAAACCGCAUAAAAAUGGCCAUAAGUUUAUUAAAUCCUAAAGCCGAGGUGGCGAGGGCCGCCCAAGCGUUAGCCGUGAACAUUUCAGCCGCCAAGGGAAUCCAGGAUGUGAUGAAAUCUAACCUGGGACCUAAGGGAACCAUGAAAAUGUUGGUCUCUGGAGCCGGAGACAUCAAGAUCACAAAGGACGGCAACGUCCUGCUGCACGAGAUGCAGAUCCAACACCCCACUGCGUCACUGAUUGCCCGCGCCUCCACCGCCCAAGACGACAUGACCGGCGACGGCACCACCUCCACCGUCCUCGUCAUCGGUGAACUGUUGAAACAAGCCGACAUUUACAUCGCCGAAGGCCUGCACCCCAGACUCCUCGCAGACGGCUUCGACAAGGCGAGAGCCAAGGCCCUGGAGAUCCUGGACAAGAUCAAGUUGCCCAUCGAAAUCAACCGUGAGAACCUGAUCGACGUUUGUCGCACCAGUUUGCGCACCAAGGUGCACCAGAAGUUGGCCGACGUGCUGACCGAGGUGUGCGUGGAUGCCGUCCUCGCCAUCAAACAGCCAGACCAACCGGUCGACUUGCACAUGGUCGAAAUCAUGGAGAUGCAACACAAGACGGACACGGACACCAGUCUCAUCCGUGGUAUUGUGAUGGACCACGGCGCCAGACACCCGGACAUGCCCAAGCAGCUGAAGAACGCGUACAUCCUCACCUGCAACGUCAGUAUGGAGUACGAGAAGAGCGAAGUCAACUCUGGUUUCUUCUACAAAACUGCUGAAGAACGCGAGCAGAUGGUCAAGUCUGAGAGGGAGUUCAUUGAGCAGAGGGUCAAGAAAGUUAUCGAAUUAAAGAGGAAGUUGUGCAAGGGCACGGACAAGACGUUCGUUGUUAUUAACCAAAAGGGAAUUGACCCCAUGAGUUUGGAUCUGUUGGCUAAGGAGGGUAUUAUGGCCUUGCGUAGGGCUAAGAGGAGGAACAUGGAACGUUUGGCUUUGGCCUGCGGUGGAGUUGCCAUGAACUCCCUUGACGAUUUGGACGAAUCAUGCUUGGGAUACGCCGGCUUGGUCUACGAGCACGUAUUGGGAGAAAACAAGUACACAUUCGUCGAGGAGUGCAAGAUUCCCAAAUCCGUUACCUUACUGUUGAAGGGCCCAAACAAGCACACUUUGGUGCAGAUCAAGGAUGCUGUCAGGGAUGGCUUGAGGUCUAUCAACAACGCUAUUGAAGAUAAGGCUGUUAUCCCAGGUGCUGGAGCAUUUGAAGUGACAGCAAACAAGGAAUUGUUGGCCUACAAAGACACAGUAAAGGGCAAAGCCAGAUUGGGAAUAGCUGCAUAUGCUGAAGCUCUUCUGGUCAUCCCGAAAGUUCUCGCCACCAACUCCGGUUUUGACCCGCAGGACACUAUUGUCAAGCUCCAGGAAGAGGCCAGAUUGAACCCGGAACCAGUCGGCAUCGAUUUGACUUCAGGGGAACCCAUUAAUCCGAAAGAUGCUGGCAUUUAUGAUAAUUAUGUUGUUAAGAAACAAAUUAUUAAUUCCUGUUCAGUUAUCGCUAGUAAUUUGAUCCUGGUAGAUGAGAUUAUGAGGGCAGGAAUGAGCAGCCUCAAGGGUUAAUUUAUUUAUAGAUCAUAUAAAUAUUUUUGUUCUUAUUUAACAUUUUUCACCGACAAUGCUUCAAUGCAUUUAAUUAAUUCACUCGAUUUGUCACAUUUUUUGCAUUAAUAAAAAUAUUAAUCUUUA